AUGAUGAUUAUGAAUUUUUACAAGAAGCAGAAGAUUUCGAAAAUGAGCAAUUUAAUAUGAGGAAGAAGAAAAAUCUUGAAAUUGAAAGUUUAGUAAAUUUAGAUGCGGAGAAAAUUAUGUCAG